AAUAAAUGAUUGAUUGGUCAAGUGGCUAAAAGGAACUCCUAACCGAACCCGUGCCGCUGUACAGGGUGUUAAUUAAUCCGGUUUCCUACCUCAACAACCAGCUCGAUUCCUUCUUAGCCAAAGACCGAGAUGCUGCCUGCUCAUUCGGCUCCCGAGGGCGUUCACGAGCCGUUGCUUCUUGCUGCAGCCAUCUUCUUCAGAGAAGGUAACAUGGACAACACCACGGGGGUUCCCAAGCUUAUGUCUCUCCAUUUAUUAGAAGAAAUUACAGAUCGUUUCUCUAAGCACCGGAAACUUGGAGGGGGUGCAUAUGGAGAUGUUUAUCUGGGAGAGCGUAAAGAUGGAGUGAAGAUUGCUGUGAAGGUGCUCAAAGACGUCUUAGACCUUAAUGAUGAGCAAUUUGAAAAGGAGUAUCGCAACCUUGCAAUUCUAGAGCACAAAAAUGUAGUCCGGCUAGUUGGCUCUUGCAAUGAAACCAAGGGAGAAUAUGUACCUCACAAUGGAAGGACAGUUUUUGCUGAAAAGGCUAGGAGGAUGUUGUGCUUCGAGUAUAUGUGCAACGGAAGCCUUGAUACUUUUAUUUAUGAUGAAUCUAAUGCAUGUAAUUGGCAUACACGCUAUGGUGUAAUUAAGGGGAUAUGCGAGGGCUUGGAAUACCUUCAUGAGAAACUAAAACCUGAUCCUAUGUGUCAUUUAGACUUAAAACCAGCCAAUAUAUUGUUGGACGAGAACAUGUCACCAAAAAUCGCAGAUUUUGGCGUGUCAAGGUUGUUCUUAGAAGAAAAAACAAAAAAGACAAACAGUGGUCUAGGAACACUUGGGUACAUACCACCAGAGUACAUAAACGGAGGUUUGAUCUCAACUAAGUUUGAUAUAUUCAGCUUGGGUGUCCUAAUUAUAAAGAUAAUGAUGGGACGAGAAGGCUACUUCACAAUUGAUGAAAUGUCUUCCCAACAGUUUGCUGAUCUCGUACACAUGAACUGGAUGAGUAGGCUACAAGGGCCACAUGCGUAUUCUAUACAAACAAGGAGGUGCAUCGAAAUAGCUCUAAGUUGUGUUGAGAAAGAUCGACGCAAAAGGCCAAGUAUUGGUGUAAUCGUCAGUAAUCUAAAUCAGACAGAGUAUGGAAUCCAGAUUUUUGAGGCACUAAAAAAUGGCUUGGACCACCAGUUGUGCCCUUGCAUUUGCAAUGAGAAUAAGAUGCUGCAUAUCCUCGAAAGCAAAUCGAUCUCUUACCCACUCCAUGUUACUGACAACAGAGGUAGGGUGCACGAAGCAACAAUAACGACUGCUGGUAACACGUCAACCGUUCAGCAGCCGGUCAAACCGAGAAUCAAGAUCAUAGACUACACGGAGGCUGUGGGCUCCAUUACUACAAUAGAUAUACAUUCAACAAAGCCCUGGAUAUUGGUUGGUCAUUACAAUGGGAAUGUCUCUAUUUGGAACCAUCAUAACCAGACAAAAGUGAUGACAUUUCGGGUUAAAACAGGACUGUUGACAUUCGGAGAUAAAAGAUACAUUUGGACAGCUAAAUUCGUUGAGCGGCCAAUGGGUUUUGUGACCGGCGAUGAUCAAGGAUACAUCCAUGUUUACUCGUAUAUAAAAAUGGAGAAGCUGCAGAAGUUUAGAGGUCACGCGGAUUGCGUCACCUCACUUAUGUGGAACAUGGAUUCUCCUACUCCUGUCGCCUCAUUCAAGUGCCAUCCAGGAUAUGCUCAUGGUCUUGAUUAUUUCUGCCCGGGCGGGGCUUUGCCGUAUUUGGUUACACACACUAAGUAUGAGGGGAGUGCACAGAUCUGGGAUUUGCAAUCAAAUACAUGUAUUAAACAUAUCAACGGACUACAAGAUGAGAGGUGCAGUGUUGCUGUAGUUGAAGGUCCCUCGGGUCGUCCGAUUCUACUUACAGUGUCAGAGGACAACACUGUUGCUUUUUGUGACUCAGUUACUCACAGGUAUGAGAACAGGGUUAACUUUAAUUUGGGAGAUGUCCGGGACUUCGCAUACAUUACCAUGACAAAAAGCAUUGCCGUCCUAUGUGACAAUGGAAUUGCAAUCAUGGAAAUCGAUUGAUCUUCCACAAAGAUCCAGUUUCUAGCGAAGGCGUGACAGCUGUGGGUUUUGACGUUUAGUCGGUACUGUACGAUGUAUGAUGACAAUCUUGGAUCGUUUUGUAUCAGUCACCAUGUACAUUUUUGAAGCGCGCAUUGUACUUUUAGCGGAUACCAUCAUUUUCGUAAUACUGGAACCGGCAAAUGUUAACAACAAAUUGGUGCGACG